AUCAAAUAAAAAAGUACCAUAGUACCAUGCCACUGUUUUCCUGUCUUUUCAGAACCGCGUUUUUCACCAUUCACGGAGAUGUGGAGCAGGAAGAGAGACUUCUUGAAGACAGUCGCAAGACAUUCGAGGUGUGCUCGGGAUCCAAGAUGGCCACCAUCACAGGUCUAGAAACAUGCAUGGAGUUCCAGUUCAUCAACGCAUCCAUGGUUGACAGCGCCCCCUACUUCCCACUGACCGGGCCGUUUUCGUUUGGCCUGAACGUCUACAAGCGUGACACACACACCAGCUAUAAACUGUUAGCGAAGCGUACAGAGUCCAAGUCAAUGAGUGUUGCACAAAUCGCUUUCCACACCCCAAGCUCGAACGUGGACAGGACCGUAUCUUUCGAUUUGACCAUGAACUACAAACAGAAAGAAAUGGAGGUUUCUCUAGUGACACCAUGGAAGAAAGUCAAAUUUACUGGUAAGCAAUACAAAUCCGUAAGCACUAUAUUAGGUUACUGAGGGGCGCUAGCAGUUUGUAUACAUGUAUUAAAAAAACACCCCCCAAAACAAUAACAAAUCCAAAUAAAAAUAACUAAAACCUUA